GAAGAGUACGCCAUCUCCGCCUUGUCUUCCUUUUCAACCAGACCCACCAACCCCACUAGGUUGGCUACUUGCAGUAGGAAAGCCCAUCAGAUCAGAGCAAUGAGAGCCGUCGUUCAGCGUGUUGCCUCCGCAAGCGUCGAGGUCGAGGGGCGCAUCGUAUCAGAAAUUGGUCCCGGCCUUCUCGUCCUCGUCGGACUCCACGAGUCAGAUUCUGAUGCCGAUGCCGACUACAUCUCUAGAAAGGUCCUGAAUAUGAGGUUAUUUCCUAAUGAGAAUACCGGCCGAGGAUGGGACCAAAAUGUAAUGCAGAGAAAUUAUGAAGUUCUUCUAGUGAGUCAGUUUACAUUGUAUGGAUUCUUGAAGGGUAACAAGCCGGACUUUCACGUCGCAAUGCCGCCCCAGACCGCAAAGCCCUUCUAUGCGUCUCUAGUAGAGAGGUUUCAGAAAUCCUAUAAUCCAGACGCCAUAAAAGAUGGCAUAUUUGGAGCAAUGAUGAAGGUCAGUUUGAUUAAUGAUGGACCAGUCACUAUGCAGCUGGACUCACAAUCCCCAAAGUAUUCAAAUGAUGCAGUAGAAGAAUCAUAAUGACAGAUUAUUCCUAAAUUGUGUUUCUUAGUUUUCUUAUAUGCUGCAGUACUUGGCAAGUAGUUUAGCAGGGUGUAAGACAUGAUUUCUUAAUUAUAAGCUCUUCAUCUGUUGCUGUGAUC